AUUUCUCUGGUAACCUUGCCAACCAGAAUUUGGCAGUUACGAGAUCAUAAAUGACUCGUGAUCCCUGAAUGUACUUUAAAAGUUUUGAACAUUGAAAAACGUUCGUUUCUAUUCUGCCUGAGGUCAGGAAACCCAUCCCCACUGUGUCUCAAUGGUAAUUACAAAUCUCAUCAAAAAGAAGUUCGUCUUUCUCCUCUUCUUCACUUUAUUGGCCACAGUAAUUUUUAUCAGGAGAUAUGGCAGCACAUAUCCAAAAUCACUGCUUUAUCCAAAAUCAAUGGAGUCUUGUCCGCGAUCAGUCUCCAAAGAGAGCAUAACUCCCCUGAAAAACACCAAGCACUUCUUGGUCUCAGCCUUCAUGGAUCAGAGAGUACAGGGCUUUGACAUUCGCCUCAUCGGGAUGUUUCGGAGAGACUCCAUCCAGGAACUCCACUGCUUUUUCUGCUGUGCCGACUACACAAGUGAAACCACUCCGACGAAAGUUUUACAACACUCGGACAACUUCGGGUUUCCAUUUGUCACCACAGACAUCAUGUGCCGGAUUCCUAAAAAAUGCAAUGCCACACAUGUCACUCUUUUGACGAAGCCCAAGCCUGAGAAAAGAGUUGACUGGCUUCCUAUAAGGAACAAGAAAACUAACGGAGGAGCGGAGGAAAGGAUGGAUUUCACUGUGUGCAUCUCCAAUCUGUUUGGGGACUACAACAAUGUGCUGCAGUUUGCACAGACACUAGAGAUGUACAGGUUGCUCGGUGUGAACAGAGUAGUGAUCUACAACACCAGCUGUGGCCCGGACCUUGACCGUCUUCUGCGGAGUUACAGCCAGGAGGGCUUUGUGGAAAUAGUUUCCUGGCCGAUCGACAAAUACAUGAAUCCAUCGCCAGGCUGGUACUUUUCGGACUUUGGUGGUGAUAUUCACUACUUUGGCCAGCUCACCACACUCAACGAGUGCAUCUACAGAUCCAUGGAGCGUUCCUGCUACGUCCUGCUGAACGACAUAGAUGAGAUCAUCAUGCCGUAUCAGCAUGACAACCUGAAGUCUCUGAUGGACGAGCUGCAGAAGCAGCAUCCAAAUGUGGGAGUGUUCCUCAUUGAGAACCACAUCUUUCCCAAGCAUCGCUUUGAACCAAGUGGCAGGUUUCACCUUCCUAAGUGGAGCGGGGUGCCUGGAAUUAAUAUUCUGGAACAUGUUUACAGAGAAGACCCUGACCGAAAGAUUUACCAUCCAUACAAGAUGAUCGUUCAGCCAAGGAUGGUGGAGCAGACAUCUGUGCAUGAAGUGCUCCAAUUUUUUGGGCAGAAGUUCAAAGUCCCGCUAGACGUUUGCCGGAUCGUUCACGUCCGUGUGGCCCUACGGAAAUUACUCAAACUGGAGGAGCUCAAGGUGGACAAGCGGCUGUGGGAUUUUCAGGAAAAGUUGAUUCCCCACGUGGACAAAGUGUUGGAAAAUCUGGGGUUCCUACAAUAGAAGUUGAAGGAUGGGGUCGGAAGGAAAGACCAGCCAACGAGGAUCCUGUUUCGCAGCUUAAAGCUGACGGUGUAUGUCUGCCCUCGGAGGGAGCUUGUUUUGUACUUUUACAGACUUUUUUCCCCCAAUAUAUAGCCGGUACACACAAGCCAGUUUAGCAAUGUAAUUAUGUGGUACAUGUGCACUGGUAAUUAAGCUAUUCAUGUGCAUGUAACAUGCUUGUUUUGUUUUCAUAAAUGACUCAGGGAUUUUUAAGUUAUUUGUUUUACCAACUGGAAUUAAGUUUGCAUGUAAAGAUAUUUUAUCAAUGCUAGAUGCACAAGUAACUGCAUUUAAUUCCUAGAAAUUUAAAAAUGUAUCGUCGAUACCAAACCUUUUAAUGCUGCCAUUUGCUGUUGAACACUUUGGAUUUGACUGUUUGUCUCUUACUUUGCAUGUGAUUUCUGAGUUUGUUUGUCAGGGAGUAAAUAUCACCACAGCUUGUGUAUGAAUAUGACCAAGCACAAGAUGAUAUCUGUGGUAACUGCACUGCUA